GAGAGCCGAGGAGAGAGGCGCAGGUUUGAGAGGCGGACGGACGGACACGUCUCUGGAGAUACACGACUCCCUCCUUCUCUCUCUCUCUCUCAGUCAUCCAUUCAUUACCUCACUCUCUCACGCGUUCACGCGAAAUCUCAAGGGAAUAAACACACCGACGCCCGAGACGCGAGAUGCCUUACAUGCUCAUCAGUACGCAGAUCCGCCUGGAAAACGGUCCAACGAAUGUGGGGGACGAGCAUUCUGAUCCAGCUGUCAUGAGUUACCUGGGAGCCAGAAAAAAAACCAUGCUUGGAAAUAACUUCUCGGAAUACCAAGUGGACGACCCGCCGCGCCUGGUGCUGGACAAGCUGGAGAAGAUGGGCUUCCGCGUGCUGUCCAUGACUGGAGUGGGACAGACGCUGGUGUGGUGUCUACACAAGGAGAACGAGUGACAGAUGGUGGAUCCACUGAAACCCUUUUUUUUUUUUUUUAACAUUCGACAGUUAGAUUCACAGACAUUUUUCAAGUGAGAAUAAAGUUCUUGAACUGAGAUUAUCUCAGAUUACGCUGCACUGGUGAUCAGACCGGACAAUAUCCCAGAGAUUUUCCCAAACUCUGUCCAUAUGGUUUAGUUUUUUUACUGCGAGGUCAAAAUGUGACCGUGGAGGACUGCGAGGCAUCCUCCCCGUAGCUGUGAUUGGAUCGUAGGACUGUAUUAAAGGCAGAGCUUUAUUGUCAUCUCGUGCAAAUCUCCUGUCUUUCUUCUCAGUAAAUAAAACACUGCUAGGUAACUUUGUACUGCGCAGAGUUUAUCAUAUGCUUGUGAUUAAAUGAUGUCAUGAUA